AUGGCAAGUCAAAACAUACAAGAACAGCAAUAUUAUCAAGAAGGCCGUGCUAUCCAAUUAAUCCGAUGUAUUCCACCCACGGAUGAAGAACGAAAGAAUCCUCGAUUUGUACCACAGUUAGAGAUUGAUCGAGAAGCGAAACAGAUUAUUGCUGAACGCUUUGAAACACCCAUUUCAGUAAUUGUUUACGUUGGCAAUAUGGGCGUUGGUAAAAGUAAGUUAGCAACGAUGACUAUCACUGCAUUGGAGAAAGAACAGCAUCAUCAAACUGCACAAAUGUUUCGAAGUGGUGCAGGAGCUAAUGGAGUAACGCAAGGUGUUUGGAUGUGGUCUGAACCACUUCAACAUCCUAAACAAGAAACAAACGAGAGUGGCUCAAUUCUAAUUCUCGAUUGCGAAGGGAUGGGCGAUUUAGACGAGAACACAGGUGCCAAUUUAUACUUGUUUUGCAUGCUGAUAAGUACAGCAUUCGUUGUCAUUCUUCGCCCUUCUCGUGUUGAUCGUUAUCAAUGUAAUCGUCUCUAUCAGGCAUUGUACCGAUUCGAACGGAUGCGAGCACAAUAUGUAUUACCGAACUUAUGGUUACUUCCAUUGGACUUACCCGAGUUUGUCUAUAGUGAUCCUAAAACCAGUGAAGAUGUCCCUAUCUCGGAAGAACAAUGGAUAAACAAUAUAUUCACCGUCGACGAAGAGAAUAACCGCCUAUCGAACGACGAAACUCAAGCGUUAAAAAACCGAUAUAAAUAUAUCACUGAUAUCUUACCGAAAAUAAGAGCCGCUAAUAUUCACCAUUUGCCACCAUCACUUCACAGUAAUUCUCGAAAGCUUGAUACAUACUCGUUACUUCGUAGUAAAGAAUCAGAUCUGUAUGCAACAUCGAUUACCAUUGCAAUUAAAAAAUUUCUAGCAAAUGGUGGCAAGCGGCUUCUGGGAAGCAUUGCCCAGAAUAUGUUUGUUCGCCCUUCUGAAUUUGCUGAAUUAAUGGAUGAUCUGAUUCAGGUCAUCAAUCGAGAUCCAGUACCUAAUCCUGAUGAACUAAUCAAUCAAUAUUUAACAAAUCGAUUUACGGCUGAAUUAGAGAAAGAAUACGUGACCAGAUUUGAACAUGAUUUAAUGAAUUAUGUGACAAAACAAUGUGAAAAAUUGAGUGGACUUCAAAAACCGCCAAGUGAUGAACAAAUAGCUACCAUAAUUGGAGAAAUGGCACAUCAACGUGAUCAAAACCAUGAAAAGCAAGGCUGCAUUCAACUAAUUCGAUGUAUUCCACCAACAGAUGAAGAACGCAAGAAUCCUCAAUAUGUGCCUCAGUUAGAGAUUAAUCAACAGGCACAACAGAUUAUUUCUGAUCGUUUUGAAGCACCCAUUUCUAUUAUUGUCUAUGCAGGUAACAUGGGUGUUGGUAAAAGUAAAUUGGCAACAGUUACUGUAGCAGCUUUAGAAAAAGAGCCGCACGGUACAGAUUUACUCUGGUUUCGAAGUGGCGCCGGUACCAAUGCAGUAACACAAGGUGUUUGGAUGUGGUGCGAGCCACUUCGACAUCCUGAUCAAGAUGAGCAAACAAAAGGUUCAAUUCUAGUUCUCGACUGUGAAGGAAUGGAUAAUUUAGAUGAGAACACAGCUGCUAAUUUGUAUUUUUUCUGCAUGAUUAUAAGUACAGCAUUUGUUGUCGUUCUUCGUCCUGCUCGUAUAGAUCGGUUUCAAUGUGAUCGUCUCUAUCUUGCAUUACGUCGAUUCGAAUUCAUGAAAUCAUUUCAUGUAUUACCAAACGUGUGGUUAUUACCAUUAGAUCUACCCAAGUUUUUACAUAUUGAUCCUGACACUGGUGAUGAUAUCGAAAUUUCGAAAGAAGAAUGGCUUCAUAAAAUAUUCAGUGUUAAUGACGAGCGCAACAAUUUAUCAAGUGCUCACAAUCAAAGACUGAAAGAACAAUAUGAAUAUAUCACUCAACUACCAAAAAUAUUUGAACGAAUACAUGGUACCAGUCGCCAAACAUAUUCUUCAAAGACAAAAUUACGAAAACUGUGA